UGCAAUUCUAGGAAAGGGAAAUGUCUGAGUUAAAGAAUACCAUUUGCGCUAAGACAAUCCAAUUUGGGAAAUGCAGAGUUGAGGAUGAUCUUUGCCAAGUCAGACAUUGCCUGAAUCCUAAUACUGUAUUUUCAACUCAAGGUGAAAGUGUUAUUCAAGAAAAGCCAGAUAAACAGAUUGAUGAAAUAAGGUUUACUGUACUCCGGGUACAGAGCCCUGUGAGCUACUGGACCCAGAUACACCAACCUGGAGCUAACCAACCCGAAGUUAGCCAGGACCAGAUCCUACUACAACUAUCCUUAGCACUGUAUUAUAGUAAACCAAAGAACAGAAUCAUAGAAUCAGUUAACAACUUAAAGGUUGGAGAACUAGUUUGUGUCAAGGGAAAAGAUGAUAAUUAUGAGCGAGCUAAAAUCACCUUUGUGCACAAGGUCUGUCUGUUGGGAACUGAGCUGGUGGAGAAGGUUGAAGUUCAAUACCUGGAAACAGGGGAGAAUACAACCCUUGGGAAAACAUCUAUUUACAGAUUGGCAGAUCAGUUUAAGGAAGUCCCACCUCUAGCUCAGCUUGUAGUUUUAGCAGGUUACAAACCACCGGACAAAGACGAGAACUGGAGCACUGACUGUAUCAACCAUAUUCAGAGAAGUGUAAUCCCACCUUUCCUCUGUGCAAAGGAUGAUUACUAUGAAUGUCGCGGAAAAAUACUGCUUCGCUCACCAGAAAUUAUCUGGAUAGCUGGAUGUGAAGUGUGGGAGGUGUGCAGGACUAGGUUGACCUACAACCUGGAGAUAGGAGAAGAGAUAAUCUCAACUAAAACUGGAGUAAGGAACAAGGAACAUUAUCUUCAGAUCAGGAGGUUGGGUGAAGAGGUUGGUCUUGAACCUACCCCGCUACUCAGGAAACUGUCUCUUCAUCCAGGAACAGGAUAUACAAACUUACUAGACUCUCAACCUACCCAGCUGGCCAAACUGCUAGACCAAAUUGGCUUAAAGUUUUUUAGGAAAGCCAAGGUGACAUAG